AUGUCUUCCGACGAGGAGGAACACACGAUGGGCGGUAACAGAAAAAAAGAGGAAGGAAGAAAGUUCGCAGAUUUGGCGAAGAAAAAAAUAAACCAGUGGGUGGAAGAAGGCAGGAUUGAGCCGCUACCGGUCACGUUGACCGACGAAAUCCUGCUCCCGCGGCCGCCGUCGGCAGGGAUACAUUACUGUAUCAUUUGCCGAAAACACGGCAGUUUUCGCCUAGGAGCACACAUUCGCUCAAAACACCCUGAAUAUCCCAUUGAUUCUGACGACUUCAGGGUAAUUGAGCAGGUCAGCCGUGGCAUCACGGAGAACAUGAAAAGAGCCUCGGUCGAUCUUCGCCUCGUCCCCGCUCCCAUGAAUAUCAGGGAGUACAACAUCAUGAAGGCGUUGAUCGACCAGCUCACAGCUGGUGGUAUACCAAUUUACGGGCAAAUCCAUCAGCCCUCGUGGGAGGCAAUGCCGUACCAAGAGAGUACGGAGGUCUCCCACGCGCCACGGCUUGACCCUACAGUUCGACAACAUCAAGGACUGCCAGAAGAUCCAAGCGCUGCAGUCAAGUCCCGAACUGUAGUGUCGCUUCCAUAUGGAGCUCCACCCAUACCGCGCCACGAGCUCUACAUGACUCCGAUAGACACGCUUUACCUCGGCGGCGCGAGUAUCCAUCCCCAAUUCACCGCGCCGCCGAGGGUAGAUUUGAUGUUCGCUCACGAACACGAUACAAGCGUGCCUGGAAGCUUCGAGCAGCGGUAUCCAAUACAAGAAGGACGCAGUUGUGACUGGAUGCUGGAGGCGGAUAGAAAACUGAAGCUGUGGAGGCGAUUGCCUCUUGAACUCCAUCCCUUGUUGAAGCAAUUUUGCAGUCAUAUAGAAACGAGAGUACUACUGCCUGAUUUCGGCUCCGAAAAAGGCGAAAUUGUAGUACUGAAAGGACGAGCCCUCUACGAGUCCUAUAUAAGCAGAUUCAUGAUUGUUGCUAUGAGGGCUCGGCAAAGACUCGGACAAACCGUGUCGAUGGACGACGGCAUAUACUCGUCAGCUGUGGUGAUGGAGUUCUUCCAAGAAUUGCAGAAGUGUCGAGUGCCCGUUAAGACCCGACUAGGUUUCGCUCAGGCUAUUGCGAGCUUCUACGAUUUCCUAAACGUUUACAUCGACGCUGCUGCUAGCACAUUCCGUCUGCCGGCAGUAGCUCAAGCCCGCAGCCGCAUCUCAUACGUAAUAGAAGGCCUGCGCAAUGAGCUGAGAUCUCUCUCUUCCUAUCGAGCGGUCAGACAAGCGCCAGCUAAGGAGCAUGAGCCCUACGUAGUCGCCCGCGCCAUUGCCAAGCAUAGAGACAUCUUGGCGACGCUUCGAUGCAUUUACAACAAAUUCGGAAGAACUGAAUUCAUUAGCAGAGUCCAGUACAACUACUUCUUAGGGGCGUUGAUGUUCUACAUUAUUCAAUGCAACACAGCCCGCAACGAAGUAGUUUACAAGAUGAGAUUCGGGAGCAUCGUUGACUUUAGCGAAAUGGGACAUGCUCAAACUGGCUUGCGACGCAUCGAAUUAGACGUGGACGGCGAUAAAAAAGAACUCUUUGUAGGUUUCUAA